CUUCUAAAGCAUUAUCUGACACAAGAUCAAAAACAAAAGAAGGUCAAAGAGAUAGACAACGAGCAUAUAGAGCUUCUUUAAAAUAUUGUAGUUUAGAUGAAUAUCAGAAGGAGAAGGGAGAAAAACCAGGACUUUGUUGUAUGAAUAGUGAAGUUGUAUUAGCACCACUUCAAGCACCACCACCAGAAAUUUAUUAUUUUCUUACAGAAAAAGAUCUAAUAUCUAAAGGUAAUUAUUAUCAUCAAAUUAGCUCAUCUUUGCCAGAACAAGGGGAAAUACCAAAAUUUUUCCAAAUAUAUUUUCAUGAUUCUUCAGAUAUUGAAGCACAAAUUGAUAGAAUACAUGAUAUAAUGAAGCAAUUAUUAAACAGGAAAAUGAUAAAUAUGAGACAAUAUAAUGCACCAUUGGCUAAGGAAGUAGCUGCAAUUUGUUUUUCUAAUGAAACUAUGCAUGUAAGAGAUAUUUAUUCUCAAUACCCUGAAGCCUCUAAAACUUCUGAAGCUGAAGCUAAAGCAAGUGGUACUUCUAAUAUUGACUUUGGUACUUUAUUAAAAAGAGAAUUACAAAGUCAAACAGGAUUAUCAAGUAUUUUAGAAUCUGCAACUAUUAAGAGUUCAUCAAGUAUAAACCUUGAUAAUAAAAAUAUUAAUACAGAUGAUAAAGAAUAUUUGGAAAGUAGAUCUUUUAUAAAAAAAGAGAAAAAAAGAGCUAGAGAAGAAACAGAAGAAGUUUAA